GGAAGAGGAAGUGGAAGAUGGGCCUCGAACACAGACUUGCAAUGGCAGUGCAAAAAUUGGAUUAAGCAGUAUGCUGGACAAGAGUGAAGUGGCAACAUUAGGCCUACCCUCCAGCACCAGCCAUGGAGGCUCUGACAGCAACAUCAGCACAGACGGAGCAGCUGGGGCCUCGGGUGGAGUGGUCGCGGGUGCCGAGGCACCGGUGACCGGGGAGCCACAGCGCACCAGGGCUGCUCUGGAGCACCUGCAGCAGAAGAUUCUGAAGGUGACGGAGCAGAUCCGCGUGGAGCAGGAGGCCCGUGACGACAACGUGGCAGAGUACCUGAAGUUGGCCCACAACGCAGACAAACAGCAGGCCUCCAGAAUCAAGCAGGUCUUUGAGAAAAAGAACCAGAAAUCCGCACAGACCAUCGCACACUUGCACAAGAAGCUAGAGCACUACCACAAGAAGCUGAAGGAGAUCGAACAGAAUGGUCCAGCCCGACAGCCCAAGGAUGUCCUGCGGGACAUGCAGCAGGGACUAAAGGAUGUGGGGGCCAACGUUCGUGCGGGGAUAAGUGGUUUUGGAGGUGGGGUGGUUGAAGGUGUCAAGGGUGGUGUUUCUGCCCUCACACACACUGCAGUGGUCUCCAAGCCCAGAGAGUUUGCCAGCCUGAUACGGAACAAAUUUGGCAGUGCAGAUAACAUCGCUCACCUGAAGGACUCCCUUGAGGACGGUGUCGGGGGUCACUCCGAAGACACCCUCACACCACGCGCUCUGAGUGGAAGUGCCACUCUGGUGUCCAGCCCCAAGUACGGCAGUGAUGACGAGUGUUCCAGUGCCACGUCGGGGUCUGCGCCGGGCAGUAAUUCUGGUGGUGCAGGUGGAGGAGGUGGAAUACUAGGACCCACCAUGGGGAGCCCCCGACUAGACGGGCACCACCACCACCAUCACAUGCACAGCUCCUUGGACUCCCUCCUGGAAGGUCUGCAGGAGAUCAAAGCCAGCCAGGCACACAUGGAGGACGCCAUCGAGGACAUGAAGGGACAGCUGCAGAGUGACUACUCCUACAUGACGCAGUGCCUGCAGGAAGAGAGAUACAGGUAUGAGCGCCUGGAGGAGCAGCUGAACGACUUAACGGAGCUGCAUCAGAAUGAGAUGACCAACCUGAAACAGGAGCUGGCCAGCAUGGAGGAAAAGGUGGCUUAUCAGUCCUACGAGAGAGCAAGAGACAUUCAGGAGGCUGUGGAGUCCUGCCUGACUCGCAUCACCAAGCUGGAGCUGCAGCAGCAACAGCAGCAGGUGGUGCAGCUGGAGGGGGUGGAGAAUGCCAAUGCUCGAGCUCUGCUGGGCAAACUAAUCAACGUCAUCCUGGCGCUCAUGGCGGUGCUGUUGGUUUUCGUCUCCACUUUGGCCAACUUCAUCACCCCGCUGAUGAAGACCAGAGCUCGAGUGGCCACCACCACCCUGCUGACUCUGUUUCUCUUCAUCCUCUGGAAGCAGUGGGACUUUGUGGAGCUGUGGCUGCUGCCCAGCUGAGCUGCCUGUGGAGGAACAUUCAGAAGGAACCGUGGUUCCAAACACUACUGGAGGAUUCCGUUUAAAAGCUGUGGCACGUUGUGUCCACUGUGCCGAUUGAGUGCCAGUUUUAAGGACAAACAUGGCAUUUUGAAGAUUUUUGAGGGAAAGGACAAGUUUGAAGCUCGGAAGCAUCCAAAAGGAAAGACCACAUCUCAUCUCAUCCAAAUCGAUUGCUGUUGAUGUAUCAUCAUUGCUAUCACCAAAAAAAACUUUUUUUUUUCUCAUCUUUGAAUUGUGUUUUAUUUGUGAAACAUGAAUCACAAAAAUAUAAGAGGCACUUUUAAGAAUUUUAAAAACGCUGUUCAUGUUCAAUGUAACAAUAUGUUGACGUUUUAUACAUUUCAGAAGAAAGAGGGUUUUUUCAUGAAUGUCAUGUGCUCAUGCAUGUCCUUAUAUGUGCACUAAAAUACAUUUAGCUGGCAUGGGUUUACAUUUCUUUACUGACAAGAGAAAUCAUGUUUAACUGUCAUUUUAGCCACGUCAUCUAAGUACAGUGCUGAUACUUCUUUUAUUUACCUAAAAUCUGGAUUAUUAUUGCUUUAUAGGGGGCUCUGUUGUUUUAUCUUUUUUUAAUUAAUAGACUGUUUAAAGAAGGGUCUAGCACAAUAAUGUGAAUCCUGUUUUGUUCAUAAGUAAAAUCUGUUUGACAAACACUAUUGUAAAACUGCUUUUCUUUAUGUAUCAGACUCACAUGGCAUGUCAAACUGUAUUAAAGUUUAUAUCCAGUUUGCAAAAA